AUGAACGUGCAACCGGAGUCAAGCCCGUAUUUCUUACUAGUUACCAUAGCAACAGUGACCAAAGAAAUAUCAAAGAUGGCGACGUCCACAAAACGUAAAGUCUUACUACUUUCUGACAAGAGUCCAAUCGAGCCGCCAGUUCAUCUGUCAAACCUUGACUAACCGACACCAGCUUUUAUAUUUGUGUGGAGAGCGGAUCAUUUGAGUCGCGGCAGAACACAAAACUGACCGGAGCGGCUCCGGUGGAGAAAAACUGGAUCUAAAACUUUCAGAUGACACACAGCUCAUUUCUCCGUCACUAUAAAGAUUUAAGGACUGAAAGAACAUAACUUAACUUACCCAAGUAUUGGUCUGAAGAUGCACAAGAAAAGGACUGUGGAGAUUCAUAAAAACUGCAGCAUUACUUAUAUUGGACACCUGUGACCUGAUUGGCUAGACGCAGGAACCAGUCGAGUGACUUGGCCCAGCCCCAACUUGGACAUCACUCAAAACAACAAAACAGUUCCUCCCUCUGGGCAAACAUUCACUCGGAAGUGGAAAGCUAAAGAGUGCAGGUUGACACCAUGAAGAUCGCAUCUUUUAACAUCAGACGUAUGGGUCCAAGCAAACUGUCAAACAAAAAUAUUGUAAAUUAUCUUAUUAAGAUCUUCUCUCGGUACAGUAUAAUCAUUAUUCUGGAGGUGGUGGACAAAUCGGGCAAAUCUAUAGACAAAUUUCUACAGGAGCUCAACAGCACCAGAGCUAAUAAGAAACAUCCCUUCACAAUGGUCGGAAGCUCCAGGCUGGGACGCACUCUUUAUAAGGAGCAGUUUGUCUGUUUCUACAGAGAAGAUGAGGCUAAACUUGUUGACACGUACCAAUACGAAGACAAUCAAGUGGGUGACGAGGACGCUUUCUCUCGAGAGCCUUUCAUCCUGCGUUUCCGCUGUAAACACACAGUGCUGAAAGAUUUGGUGCUGAUCCCUGUUCACACAAAGCCUAAAGACUCACAGAAGGAACUGGAUGAACUAUACGACGUCUUUCUGCAUGUCAAAGAUAAAUGGAAGACGGAUAACGUCAUGAUCCUUGGCGACUUCAACGCCGACGGCGCUUACGUCUCCAAGAAGAAGAUGAAGGCCAUCAGGAUCCGCAGCGACCCCGAUUUCCACUGGCUGAUUGGAGACGAUGUGGACACCACAGUCAUCGAGUCCAAUGACCACACCUACGACAGGAUUGUGGUGUAUAAAGACGACAUGUUUAAAGCUGUUGUGCCAAGAUCUGCAAAACCUUUUAACUUUCAGCAAGCCUACAAACUUUCAGAGGAAAUGGCCCUGGGCAUCAGUGAUCAUUACCCAGUGGAGGUGAGUCUGAAGAAGUCGUCUGCGGCAAAGACCAGCGGCAAAGCCAAAACCAAAGCACAGAAACGCAAAGCAUGAUGGGAUACCAAUGCACAGUGUAUGGGAUCUUAACUUCACUCUACUGAAGGAGAGAUGCUACCUCUUCAUAAGGAAAUUCAGGCCUUAAAAUAAUUCAAAAGCAGUUAUCCUUUCAUGCUAAUUUAAUGAAAUUAUUUCAAUAAAGUUCACAAGCUUAUAAACGUUUGAAAUGACUGAAAUCUCAAAAUAAACUUUUCAUUUUUAAGUAUUUAAUGCCAUUUUCCCAACAAGCUUAUUAUUUCAUUCCUAAAGUGUUAAUAAAUGUGUUAGUUUGCACAGCUGGAUACAACCAUUAUGAUAGAAAAUGAAUUUCAAAAAUACUAUUUUAACAAAUGAACUACUGUACAUCACAAACAACGAAUUGGCAGGCAAACAAACGAUAAAUGACAAACCACUGCUACUGUGUAACAAUCAUGCCUCGAACGCCUCUAGCAAACUCUAAUUUAGCUUGUGGCAACAAGCAUGUCAAGUCCGUUAACAUCAGCUUCUGCG